AUGAAGCAGCAGGAUAUCUCUACCCUAUCGGAUGAAAAUGGCCAUUGCCUAUCUCGUAAAAGCUACAUCAACAAGAAGCUUAGACUAUUCGGCAUUGAGGUAGAAUUACGCGAAAGUCUCCACACCACGGCAGAUGCAGGUCCUGGUGGAAGUGCCAAAACAACAAGUUCAUCCGAAACGGAAAAACGCCCAACAAGUGAUGGCGAGGGCAAGAAGUUUUUUUGCCAAUUCUAUUCAAGGCAAUUUGGUAACUCACAAGCACUAGGGGGCCAUCAAAAUGCUCAUAAGAAGGCAAGGAUGAAGAAAAAGAGGUUGCAGCUUCAAGCUAGGAAGGCUAGCUUCACUUUUCAUGAUCCAGAAUCCCAUUUUAGCUUCAGUCCAUAUCUUAACAGUUCUGCUCAAUGUUAUCUCGUGCCUGAUGAUCUACCAUAUCAUAAAGGUUUCCGUAAAUUUACUGUUACUCUUGCCGAUCAAUCUAUUGCCAUCAAGUCUCCUCCUUUUGUAGUUCAGAACAGAACUAUCUUUCUCUGGAUCUUCACCUGGGGUUGA